AUGGCCCCAAAGCUUGUCCUCAUCCGCCACGCCCAGGCCCAGCACAACGCUACCAACGACUGGUCGAUACGUGACCCUCCACUAACCGAGCUCGGUGAACAGCAAUGCCGCGAGCUGCACGAGCAUCUGAAGCAGACCGAAAUUGGUAACCAAAUUGAGCUCAUUGUCGUGAGUGCACAAAGAAGAACGCUCCAAACCGCCACCAUUGGACUCGACUGGCUCAUCAAAAAGGGCACAAAGGUCAUUCCCGACGCAAACUGGCAAGAAAACGCAGACAAGCCCUGCGAUACGGGGACCCCCCUCGACGUCAUUUCCAAGGAGUUCCCGCAGUACGACUUCUCCGUCGUCGACCCCUCAUUUCCAGACAAGACGACAAACGGCCCCAAGAACCCGUAUGCUUUUACCGAAAAGGCCAUUGUAGCGCGCGGCCAACGAUGCCUUGAGGAUCUGUAUUCACGACCGGAAAAGGUGAUUGCUGUAGUUUCGCACUCUGGCUUCCUGCGCACCGCCAUAUGUAACCGCAUGUUUUUCAAUGCCGACUACCGUGUGUUUGACUUUGACGAAGAGGCCAUGAAGAAGCAGCCGGGCACUUUUGUGCUCAAGGAGAGCGACGAGACAGACAAGAGUGGCGGUGGCAUGGGCAGGAGCGAGGUUGGUGUCUUUGGCAUCGUGCCUGGGGACUUUCCACCAGAGGUGGAUGAGCAAGACGUGGCAAAGGAGGCAGACAAGGUGGAUGACGAGGCUGCAAGAGAGAAACCGAGUGCAUAA